CUCCAGUUUUAACAUAGAAGUUUUAAUCAUAGAAGAAUACCAACCAGCUCAUUUUUUAAUCCAAAACUAACAGUCCUGAUAAGAAGAUAAUUGAAGUAGGUGGAGAGUGGAGAAGAGGCAGCUCAAACAUAGAGGAACAACGUCAACAUAGCUGUCUUAUUGUGCUAACAACCCCACAGCUUUCCAUAGCAAACAUUCUACUCAUUUCCGCCAUUGCCCUUUGUAAAUUUCUUGUUUCUUCUUUCCUUCGUUUCAUCCUUCCUUUGCUCUCUUAAACCCUACUUUGAUUUCUUGAUGGCUAUUCUUUAAAGAUGCCAAGGACUAAUAAGGGAUGAAAAAGAUGAAAAAGAUGAAAAAGAAAUGUGCAGAAUGACAUAAAAUCGCCAACUUGCAGUACCGGACAACUCUUUAAGAAUGCUUUACAGCCCACAAAUCAGAUACCUCCCUCACUCCCUCUCUCUCUCUCUCUCUCUCUCAAAAACUGUUCUUUUUUGCGUUCGCCAGUUCAUACCUGCCACUGUAUUUUGUUUUUUUUUUCCUUCCUAAUGGGUUGUAAUGCAACAUUCUGCUGAAAGGAGGGGGCUUUUGCUUUGCUGGUUUGUAUUAAAGCGGGGAGGAUGAUGAGAAUAGGGAAUGAAGAAGAAAAGUUACAGAAGAAGGUGAAAAAAGAAAAAAAAUUGAAUCUUUUUCUUAAGUAUCCUAUAGUGUCGGCGCUGUGUCGCUUUCAGCCGGCAUUUUAAGCUUUUGGAAGGAUGAUCCAUUUGUGUGGGUUGCCGGUAAAUUAUUGGUUGAUAUAAAUACAGGGCUACCCUUGCGGCGCUGGAAGAUUGGGAAGCUUGGCUUGGAUUUUUCCGUUUCGAUUGGAUUUCUGAUUUAUUCCUCUUUACCUGGUCAAUUCAUUGUUUCUCUGUAUAAUUGGUGAGGAGAAACCCUCAUACAGAUCUGAGAAAGUCAAGAUGCGUAGUAGAACAGCUGUUUUUGUGUCUUGUCUGUCUGGGAGUUGUAAUUUUCUCUGACGAUUAGUCAAGGCUGUCUCAAGCCAGGAUAGUUUUAUCAUAAGUUUCUGCAGGAAAAAUGUAUAGAAUCUCAUAAUUUGGAAGGACUGUUCUGUAGUAUUAAGGUGGAUCUGAGACCAGAUGUCAAUGACUCUUGCAGCAGCUCUUGGAAGUGCUGCAGGAGCCUUGGCAUUGGUCGGGAUAUUGAUUUUUGUUGUAAGGUACUGCAUUUUGCGUCGAAGUACUUCAAGAACAUCAGAAAGUAACUCAUCCGAACCAUCUAUGCAAGCUGGACAAAGUGUUGAAUUAGUUCAAGAAAGUACUUCAUACCUACCCGGAGUGCAAGGAUCAUCACGACGUUUUGGGCUAGAAGAACUCAAUCUUGCGACAAAGAACUUUAAUGAUAUUAAUCUAAUUGGACAUGGACUAUUUGGAGAAGUAUACAAAGGUCUGCUUCAAGAUGGAAUGAUUGUUGCUAUUAAAAGAAGACCAGCUGCUCCCAGCCAGGAUUUUAUUGAAGAGGUACGGUACUUGUCAUCAAUUCGGCAUAAGAAUUUGGUGAGUCUACUGGGUUACUGCCAGGAAAGUGAUUUGCAAAUGCUAAUCUAUGAGUACAUACCAAAUGGGAGUGUUUCUGCACACUUAUAUGGAGCAAGUCAGGCCUCAACUAAAAGGCUAGAAGAGUUCAAGAACAGGCUUUCCAUUGCUCAUGGUGUAGCCACAGGCUUGGAUCAUUUGCAUGCUCUUAAUCCCCCUCUGGUGCAUAUGAACUUUAAAACAGGAAAUGUUUUAGUUGACGAGGAUUUCAUUCCAAAAGUAGCAGAUGCUGGGCUUCGAAUCUUGCUAUAUCGAGUAGAUGGCGUUGGAUCGUCUCAAAUUACACUAGAUGAUCCUUUCCUUGAUCCUGAGGUGAGGGAGUUUGGAAGAUUUUCAGUAAAGAGUGAUGUAUAUAGCUUUGGAGUGUUUCUUAUGGAGUUAGUUAGUGGAAAGGAAGCCAGAUCCGAGCAAAGCAUCAGAAAAUGGGUUCAGAAGUGUCAGGAUGUGAGUGACAUUACCAGCCUUGUGGACCAAAGAAUGAGCAGCAGCUUCACUUCUGAAGGCAUAAGAGAAUUUGUGCAGCUAAUAGUUUGGUGCUUGAACCCGAUCGGCGAGAGACGGCCUCUAUCGAGUUAUUUGGUAUCUGAACUUGAUCGAAUUCGUGAGAAAGAAAUGAACCUGACAACCAUCAGAGGUGAAGGAACAACUACUGUGCUCCUUGGCAGCCAGUUGUUCCAGUAGUAAUUAUGGAUCUCCUGGACUCCAUGCGAGUUUUAUCAGCAUGGCCUUGAAGCUUGUAAAGGAAAUUACUAGUAAAAGAAUACAUGUACAGAUCGAAAUCUAUCUGUAAUAUUCUUUUAUGUUUUUAUCCCCAUUGUGUAUGUGAAAUCAUAAAUGUAUAAAAAAUUUGUUCUCUGUAUUUCAUUGAAUGGUAUUGUUGGCGUGUUGAGUGAACUUAAAAGUGUACAAAUUUCUAUCUA